CACCCACCGCCCGCCGCUCGCGUCGGUGGCGGCCCCGCCCCCUUGGCCCCGCCCCUGCUCGCGUUGGAGCCGCGGGGCGGCGAGACUGCAGUUGGACCAUGGCUGCGCUGAGGGACUGCAAGGCCUGGCAGGAUGCUGGACUUGUCCUGUCCACGACCAGCAAUGAAGCCUGUAAGCUCUUUGAUGCUGUGCUGACACAGUAUGCAACUUGGACCAAUAAUGAGAGCCUUGGAGGUAUUGACGGAUGUCUCUCCAAGCUAAAAGCAGCAGAUCCAAACUUUACAAUGGGACAUGUCAUUGCCAAUGGCUUGGAGUUAAUUGGCACUGGGAGGACCGUGAGACUUGACAAGGAGCUGGACAGUGCCGUGAGAGCCAUGGUGGCACUUUCCAAGUCACAGCCACUGACAGAGCGGGAGAGGCUUCAUGUGUCAGCGCUGGACAUGUUUGCCAGGGGCCAACUUCCAAAAGCUUGUGAUCUAUGGGAGCAGAUUCUGCAGAGCCACCCAACUGACCUACUGGCCCUCAAAUUUUCCCAUGACACUUAUUUCUACCUGGGAUAUCAACGUCAGAUGCGAGACUCUGUUGCUCGUGUUUAUCCUUUCUGGACAUGUGAUGUUCCACUGAGCAGCUACGUGAAGGGCUACUACUCUUUUGGACUUGUGGAAACAAACCUUUUUGACCGUGCUGAGAAGGUUGCCCAUGAGGCAUUGGCUAUAAAUCAGACAGAUGCAUGGUCUGUCCAUACUAUAGCUCAUGUAAAUGAAAUGAAAGCAGAGGUGGAGAAAGGCUUAAAAUUCAUGAAGGAAACGGAAAAUAAUUGGAAGGGCAGUGAUAUGCUUGCUUGCCAUAAUUACUGGCACUGGGCUUUAUACUACAUUGAAAAGGGGGAAUAUGAAGCUGCUUUGACAAUUUAUGACAAUCAUAUUGCACCACCAUGCCUGGCAAGUGGAAGCAUCCUGGAUAUAGUUGAUAACAGUUCGAUGCUGUACAGGCUUCAUCUGGAAGGUGUAAAGCUUGGGGACAGGUGGAAUGAUCUGCUUGGGGUUACGAAGAAGCACACCAAGGAUCACAUUCUUCUGUUCAAUGAUGUGCACUUCUUGAUGUCUUUCCUUGGAGCCAAAGACCACAAAACUACUGAAGAGCUUUUAACAACUCUGCAGGAACUUGCCAGAGCACCUCAUGAAGACCACCAGCUUUCCUUGGCCCCUAGAUUGGGGCUGCCACUGUGCCAGGCUUUGGUGGAGUUUGAAAAUGGGAAUUGUGACAAAGUUGUAGAUCUGCUGUACCCAAUCCGUUAUGAACUAGUCCAAGUGGGAGGCAGUGAUGCUCAGAGAGAUGUUUUUAGCCUGUUAUUGAUCCAUGCUGCUUUAAAUUCUAAAUCAAAGGCCAAACAAAACUUUGCAAGGUAUCUCCUGCAUGAACGUGAUAUGACGAGACCAAAGUCACCAAUGACUGAGCGACUGAUCCGGAAGGCAGGAGCCUUACAUUCCAUGGCAUAAGGCUUUCCUCCAGCUUCAGCUGGAAGAGCCAGGACCUUUCCACAAAGUCUGGGUGUAGGGAGUGCAGGGGUGCUCUGAAGGAACUUGGGGAGGUAUUCGGGGUUAAAAGAUCUGAGAAUAAUUUGCUUAAGAAAGGACAGAGCUGUUGCAUUUCUGAAGGUUGUGUCUUAGAUGAUUCCACAAGGAAAGAAGAAAACUUGCUGAUAAUGCACAGCUUUCUGGGGCAUCCCAGUGGCGCUGCUGCUCUGGUAUGUUUUCCUGAAUGUUCCCUCUGACUGAUUAUACACAGUGCAGUAACAGUGCCUGGAUUUCAGUCCUUCUUUGGCCCAGUUUGUUACUACAUGUGAAGUAAACGGCUCAGGUAAUUAAAAGGGAGCUUUUAAAUAAAGCUAUUAGGAAGGUGGGCCAAAGCCAAUACAGGCAUGAACUGAAUUCCAUAUGAAGCUUCCAGCCCAUUCAGGCAGGAGUCACAGACCUCUGGAUUCAGGAUCUCUUUCCAAGUAUACAUUUUUAAACUCCCUCUCAUAAAAUGUUACAUUUUUCCUUUCAGUACAGCACAGCAGAGCUCUCUGGCUUUACUGAGUCAAUGAAACCAGACAAAAACCAGUCAAGAGUAAUGACUAUUCUGACAUGGGUGCUCCCUCAGCACUUUUAAAUCCUUCAGAAAAAAGAGAAAAGCCUGGAUUUCAGCUAAACAGUACCAUUUCUGAAGGGUAGGGGACUGGGUCUUGGUGCUUCCCUGAGAUUUUGGAUAGUCAGGCCUUAAUACCAUCUCACUCCAGGGAGUCCCUGCAUGUUGGCAGAGUGGGGUUUAAACUAAAGUUAAAGCACACACUUCAGAGAGGUGAAGACUAGGAGGGAACUUCUGCCAUGAACAGAGGGCUCAGAGGGAUGGACACAGCUCUGUCCCAGCUCAUGUGAUGGGAUAAACUUUAGUGCUGCAAGUCAGGCAUGAUGUGAGCCACAGGCCUCAAGGGACCUCUGGUGCCUCUGGAUUCUUGCAGCAUCCCAGAGCUAACACAUUGUCUUGUAAUAGUAUUUCAGAAAUCCCUACUGAUGGGGAAGAUAGCAUUUCAGACCAAAACUGAACUCAUGCCUCCUCUUCUGGGACACAAAUCCCACACUGUGCAACUGCCCAAGCUCUAACUUUGCUUCCGCGUCUGGAAGCUCUCCUGGCCCCACAGGCCUGCCCCUCCUUCCUGUCCAGCUCAGGCUCUUCCCCAUGUCCCACAGCAGCCUUGUCCUACAGUUUCCUUCUGACCUAAGAAAGCACUUCCAUAGCUGGCCCUGCACUUCCUCUGGAGUUCUUGCAUUGUGGAACAAGAAGUGGAAGUGCUUUGCUGACAUUUUACUUUACCCAAUCAUCCCAAGGCAGAAAUAGCUCAUUUUUAAAGCAGUAAUAAUGAUUUAUGAUUACAUAAGGGAUUGCAUUCCUUGCCUUCAGGUCCUCUGAUUAGUGAGUGUGCUGUUCUUCAGCUUCAUCACUGCUUGCUGUUCAGCCAUGGUGGGGAGUGACUCACUUGGGACAAGUUACACUGGGUUUUUACUAUUAUUUUUAAUAAGUGCACUUCAAGCAAUGACUUUAGACAGGUAACUUUUUAGUCAAGGAAUUUAACAAUUGUGUAAGGGAACAAAAGCCUGAGCAAUCUCUGGCUGGCUGCACAGGAUGUAACCAUUCUAAUCAAUGACAGUAUUUUCAGUAGAAUAUGAUUGAGAAUUUUGUCUGCUUUGCCUUAAUAAACUCGAAUACAAUCUUU